AUGAAAGGAGGAUACUUGGAGGAAGAAAGUGAUGAUGGCAUCGUACUUUCUCCACCAAUUGCUUCUAAUCCUUAUGUCUUCCUGAACUGGUGGAAUAUCGAUAUCUUUUGUUAUUUUUCGCACAACUUCAUCACGAUCCCACCAACAGGGUAUACUCGUGUCGCCCACAUCCAUGGUUGCUUGAUGCUUGGUACAUUCAUAACAGAAUGGAAAGGAGGUAGUAAACUAUGUCAGGAAUUCUUAGCAUCUGAGGAAAAAGUGAGAAAAACAGUUGAUCGUCUUAUUGCUAUUGCAGUCCAUCACAAGUUUGACGGAUGGCUAAUGAAUAUAGAAAACGAUAUCAGGGUAACAAUUUCGAAUACUCUUUUCCUUCGAUUGUUAACUGAGGGUAUGCGUAAAGCAGUUGGAUAUUCUCGAGUCAUAUGGUACGAUUCUGUGACCGUUACAGGAAAGCUCAAAUGGCAGAAUAUGCUUAAUGAGCAGAAUAAGGCAUGGUACGAACUUUGUGAUGGUAUAUAUUUGAAUUACAACUGGACCGACGAAACGCUGCUAAACAGUGCUGACUUUGGAGUUCUUAAUAAAAUUUUCAUAGGCAUAGACUGCUUUGCCAGGGGUUGUAUUGGUGGCUGGGACUGCUAUAGGUCGUUCGCGAAAGCAAACCUAAUGCGUAUGUCUGUUGCGCUAUUUGCCCCAGGAUGGAUUUGCCAGAAGUUCCCUACCGCGAAUCCAAUAGAAUAUGGAUUGAAAUUUUGGAAGAAACUUGUUUUGUAUACACCCGUACGACCUAUCUUGGAACUGCCUGUUUCUACCAACUUUUGUGCCGGAUUCACAGCUGACCUUGGAGAGAUGAGAUUUCGUCUCAGUUCGAUAUCUCUUCAACCCCACUUUCUCGGCUCAGUAUCGCAGCCAACGCCUACCAUUUUCAGAAUAUUUAAUCUCGAUGUUACUUGCACUGGAUCAAAGAAAGACAGAGACGAAUACAUUGUGACAAUCACAUAUCCCAUUCACCUCAUUUCUCUGGACGUGUGCACUGGGGAUGGCACUGACUCUUGUUUAUACCAUGCACUCAUUGAAGAAAUUUGA